GAUCAGUCUGGCCUAUCGGGGCUUCCCCCAGAGGCUCGGUUGGUCAUGGGUCGAAGUGAGCAGCGCUUCCUGGAGAGGUGCGGCUGCAUCGAUCUGCCAGUGCUGGGACGGUCUGAUCCACAGAGGGAUGGAAAGGGAGAUGAGUUGACGG